AAACUCUCUGAGCGAUCUUGCUGUCUCUUUUGGAUCAGUGCUGCCAGGUCGUCCUCUGAAUUUCCCUUGCCCUUCUUCUUUUUGCUCUUCUUGUCGCCGCCGAAGAGCUUAUCGUGCACACCUAGCUCCUUUGCGUAGUCUUCAGCCUCCGUAGCUUCAGCCCGGGCCUGCUUCACACGACCCUCUCGCUUCUUCUUCGACUCUUUUGUGUAGGCCGGGAAGCUGGGCACUUUCUUGAUCUUGAUGGCCGUGUCGAUGAUCUCACGGAAACGUUCGUCGUCCUCCAAAACGUCGCUUAGAAUGACUCUCUCGUACAGCGCAUCCAUGUCGCCUUGGCAAUGUUCGUACGCAUCGAGCACAUCUCCCUUCUCUUCAUCAGAGCCUUUGUACUUCUUGGCAAACUUCUCGAUCGCAUCGCCCGACACAGACUCUUUAUAUUGCUCUCGGUAGUAGUCGCUCCAGUUGAAUCCUUCAGAGUCUACGAUCGAUUCGGAAGUCGAGCCAGUCUCGUCAUACCGUUUGCGACGGGCGGGGUCGGAGAGUAUGGCGUAGGCGAACGCAAUAGCUUGGAACUUCUCGUGCGCAGCAUCUUUCUGGUCUUGUGGCACCUUAUCUGAGGAACAGUAGGGUUAGCGUUGCUCGUCUGUGCUGAGACCGAUUUGACAAACCUGGGUGGUUCUUAAGCGCAGCCUUUCGAUAAGAUUUCUUGAUGUCAUCGCUCGUCGCAGUCCUCUCGAGGCUCAAAACCUCAUAUGGGUCAAUAGUGGGAGGUUCGCUCUCCAGCACAUCUUCGUGGUCCGACAUCGUAUUGAUAUCGUCGAUUUUGGUUGAUCGUGUAAUGGAGUGUAAGUUCGAUUAAGCUCGAGCUUGUUGCAGGAGUAGGAGACGCGUUGCGACGCGCUCACGGGAAAAGUGUGGGUCCAAUGUUAAAGUGCUUUCGGUGAUCGGAGUUUACACCCGCCGACCGUUCAAGAUGGAUCAAAGCUCCCGCAUCGAGACAUUUCGUCAUACCUUACAAGCACCACAUUAAUCAAUAUGGCUACAAUAGAACCUGGCAACCACAAGGCCGCAAUGGAGCGCGCCUUGGGUCUGGCCAACAACUCCCCUCCCAAGCCCACCAACUUCCGUGUAGGAGCUCUAAUUGUGCGGCUUAGCGACAACACCAUCGUUGCCGAAGGAUACACUCUUGAACUUCCCGGAAACACCCAUGCAGAAGAGACAUGUCUAUUGAAGCUGGCUGAGCAGCAUGGAACCACAGAAGAGAAGCUAUCAGAUGUCUUCAACACCCCCCAUGCUCUAUACACCACUGUUGAACCCUGUUUCAAGCGGCUGAGUGGCAAACUCCCCUGCGUCGAAAGAGUCUUGCGCCAAAAGUCAUGGAUCAAGCAGGUCUAUGUUGGCGUUCAGGAGCCCGAGACUUUUGUUGGGGAGAAUACAGGUCGCAAAACGCUCGAAGAUGCCGGUAUUGAGAUCCACCAUGUCUCAGGCUUGGAGGAUGAGAUUCUCAAGGUUGCGACUGCAGGGCAUAUCAAAUCAUGAACUAAGUUAUUCGUGUGAGAUCAAACUGCUCAUUCAUGGGCGUUAACGAGUAAUGGACGGUCUUGUGGCAUAUUGGAUAAAUUUGUCAGUUGGAUCUGAGAUGAGGUGAAGGAAAUGAAAGCUAUAGUUUAGUUCUAUCCUCAGCACUUAGUAUUGAUACAUGCUACGCUGCUCUAAAGGGCUGUCCUCCCCGGUAUGCUAAGUUUGCCAUAUAUCAGUCAAUACAUCAAGUCAGAAGGUCAGCUAUCAAAUUUGCCGAAUUGCAUACGGUGCACCAAUCAUCAGUCGAUUUAUGCUGUUCAACGCCAGCCACUAUAGUACAGAUCUGUCCUGAUCGGCAAGCGUUGAGUUCCGCUAGCAGACCCUAUGUACCAUGGUGUGAUUGCGGUUGCCACGUAGCACACCGGUUAAUCCAUCUGUGCAACGUUGAACAAGAUGCUUCCAUCUUUUGUCUUUGAUAUUGACCUCAUAUAUGUGAAUUUUCAUCCCUGGAUGCACUAUAUUCCUGCUACUGAAGCACAAAUGAUGUCUUCACAUGACCUAGUUACCAAAUUACCAUCUUUUCAACGCUGAAAUUCAUUUAUUGCCACUCUCUUCAAUACAGGUAUUUCAAGUAUGAACUUUCAAUAAC